AUGCAGCGAACCAGUCCGACGACACACGCGACUCCCUUUUUCUCGUCACCUUUUGGAGGAGAAGGAGGGAAAAGAAGAAAGAGCAAUGGCAAUGGCAAUGGCAAUGGCGAUAACGACAUGAUCGAUCCCCUCGAUCCUUCAUCUCCUCCGGGGGAAGGUGCUCCUCCCCCGGUCCCCCGGAAUAAACCGUCGUUUGGGAGAUCGCGACCGGGGACCAGUUCGGGCGCUGCUGCUGGCGGAGACCCCAAGUGGAAUCCAAUUCCAAUUUCAGCUGGAGACCAAUCUUCAGGUGCAGCUCUAUCGCCGUCAGGGGUGCAGCUACAGGGACACGUUCAGGCACAGGCACACCAGGCACAUCUGGAUGCACAGGGGCAACCACCACCGCAGUCAACACUACCGGCACCGUUAACCGAGUUAAUACCACCACUUCCAUCAUCGGCAUCAUCAACUGCAGUGCUGGACUCGCCAAUCACAGCCGUCGCCGAUUACAAAACCCCCAGGUCCAGCACUAGCCAGGCUAGCGCCAGCACCAACGGGAAUAGCGCCGCUGGCUCGACGCUCCCAAGUCCAGGGCCAGGUCCCCGCCAGCACAAGGUCCUCCACAAGGACGCCAAAGAUCCCAAACGCGAGAAUCGCGAUCGCCAGCUUUCAUUCGGUCGCAAGCCGUCCCUUUCGUCCCUCAUACACAGACAUCGUCGCACAGCUUCGUCCCAGGUAUCGACAUCCGGAGCCCCAGGGGGAAAUGGCCCUGGCAGCGGAGCUGCAGUGACACCGACCUCAAGCAGUCUAUCCCGAAAACCGUCCCUUCCACUUCAUCUCGUCGCCAGCCACGGCUCCUUCAGCUCCAACUCGAUCCCUCCGGUCCCCGGUAUUGCGCUUGCCGCCUCGCGACUGACCGACGCCGUACUCUCUCCGCCGUCUGCUACCGAGACUGUCAACUUCUCGAGGAUGUUGAGCCGCGGCGCUCCUACGCCUGUGAAUGGCUUCGGGCCAAGUACCACACAGUUAGCGCCUCCCGCUAUGGUGGCUCCUGGGCCCCAUAGCGAGCUGGGAGAGGUGCACGCGCGUAUACAAGAGACGGCGAACAAGAGGAUAUCAACCUUGGACUAUCUGCGGAAAGCUCACGAAGGCCGUAUUUACUGGUUCAACACUAUCCUCUUUGACAAGCCCGACUUACAAAAGAUGCCUUAUUUUAAUAGCAGCAAACUAGGCAGAAGGGCAACCAACUAUCUUCUCUUGGGUCUGUCACUACCCACCGUGCUCGAUCUCAACUGCAACAAUCCUACCGACUUUUUGCGAAGUCUGAACCACCUCCUAGCCGAGUUCGACUCCUUCCAACAACUACACUCGGAAAAUGGCACAGCGUCAACCAGUUCCCUAUCACGCGCGCGCAUCCCGCAAAUGUUCCGACGAGCUACGCCCAGCACCAAAACAAGACGAUCAAGUAGUGCUACCGGCAUGGGAGGAAGCAGCAGCAGCACCACCGUGAACGGAUCCAGCACUCCAGCGAUGCCCAUCCCACCACCUACGGCCAACGGGAACGACCCCAACGACUUUGGCUACGCCCUUGAAUCCGUCCCCUCCCACACGGGUACCUUUGACGAGUCUAUGCUCACCCACACCACCACCAAUUCGGGCGUGGGGAACACUUCAACUUUCACAGAAAAGACCACAUCAACAAGCAGUAGCGGCAUCCCCUCCUCCACCUCAGCAACAUCAACUGCCCCAUCAUCAACAGCAGCCUCCACCGUCGCCGGCGCCCCGUCCUCGGGUCAAACCGCACAGCCAACAACAUCGUCAGCCAACUCCCCAGCACCCAUCUCCUUCUCGCCAGCCGAGCAAACCGAGCUGCUUCCGGGAGAGGAGUACGCGCUCUUAUUAACGCCUAAUCUACCGUUUGACCCGGAUUUCUUCGAAACCUUUGCGACGCUAUGCGACGUUUUGAUCGAUACUUAUACGAGGCUGCUGUCCUUGGUACCUACGGCCAGAGAGUGUAACGGCACGGUGGCCGAGUUGUUCACCAAGGCGGACGCCAAGAUCCGCAAGAUUAUUGUUCAGGGUGUCAUCAAGGAGUUUGAGGAGCAGAGUCGAGCAGGAGUCAGGGGGGAGGUGGGAGCGGUGGGGAGAGUUGUUUUGGGGGGGUUGAUGUGA